GCGCCCAUCGCUGCAGAUAUGGAUAUUUCCUACCACGAUGAGGAAUUUGAUAAUGCUUUCAUGAAACCCACAAUCUAUCGAAUGGACCCAAGUCCGGCAGUCGAUGCCGCUUGGGAUGAUCUUGGAUUCACAUGGGAAAAUGCCACCUUUUCACCGGAGCAAUGGGUUGAUGCCAAUAUGCCCUUGAACGCUGUCCGCGUCCCCGAGGACCACGGACCUAAUUAUUUCGGCGAAAUCAAGGCAUUCCACGAUCUGCACUGUCUUAACCUUCUGCGAAAGGCGCUGUACUUUAAUAUAGACUAUUAUAAGUCAACGCCAAAAGUGUGGGAGUUUCGAGAUGACGAUCGAGUCAUCAAAAUGCAUGUUGGGCAUUGGUUAGACUCGCUCCGACUCCAGCUAAUGUGCACUCCGUCUCUUGACGUCCUCCCCUGGGUUUGGAUUAAUUCGAGAGCCUGGACCCAAAAGAAGGAGCGCAAGCCCAGUAUUAUUGCAAACUUCAAGACAAGACACAUGUGCCGGGACUUUGGUGCAAUAAGGGAUUGGUAUCUUCGGCAGCAGGAUGACAAGUUGAAGAGUGGUGAGCUGGGUCCAUGGCUCCCUAGAUCCGAUGAUGUUAUCCAUGAUGGCAAGGAAUUCCCAUAG